CCCAAGAUUUUUCAACCAUAUAUCAAGAUAUAUGAAUGGCAGUACAGAUGAAGAGCUAGUGUAAUAUCUAGCUUAUCGAGACAAAAAAAUCACAAAAAAGUCAAGGUGAAAAAAGCACAAUGUAUGACCGAGCACCAAGAGAUCUGGUGGCUCUGUAUGGAUCCACACCUCAUAAUGUGGGACCAGGUUCUUAUGAUGCUGGACUAUCUGGCAAGGGCAGAGUAAAAGCUGAUGGCUAUGCCCCAUUCCUGUCUAUGACCAGUAGAGAUGGCUUCUUCAAUGUCCGAGAUCAAGUGGUUGCAGCCCCAGGACCUGGUCACUAUGACCCAGCUCAAGCUCAGGACACAAUCAAGGGUGGUAAAACAUUAGCCAACAAAUCAAAGAGAUUUGGAGAUUCUGUCACAGACAAUCCUGGUCCAGGAACAUAUAGCGUUGAUAAAUAUACAGAGUUCAGAACAUCAAAGUCUGCACCAGUGCAGGGUAGUAAGGAUAAGGCUGGCGCACUUUUAACUAGCAGAAUCAAGUUCCAUAGGAAACCAGAGGCACCCUCCAUUCCAAUGUCAGGUCAGGCAUAUGGGUAUGAAGAAUGUGAUGAUGGGACACUGAAGAAACAGGCCCCUCCUGACCGUGAUGUUAGUCUGGGACCUGCCUUCUACAAACCCAGCAAUGAUGAAACAAAGUCAACAAAAAAUUACAAAGGUGUGCAUUUUGGGAAGCAGACAUCUAAGCGGUUAGAUCUGAGUAUGGGGAGGCAGGGCCCAGGACCAGGUGAAUAUGAACCUUACCGGGAACUGGUGGGAAAGCCUGAAAAUAUGAAUGCAGAAGAACCUCAACAUGUUAAAUUUGAGGCGAGGAUUCCAAGGUACCAUGAAGCUAUUGUCAAAGACGAAGAAAAGAAGGCUGUUCCAGGCCCUGGCAAGUAUGAUUCCAAAGGCUUAUUUGACCCAGAACCUCCAAAACUGAACACAGAAGGCAUCGAGGUGGAGCACCCACCUUUUAUGUCUCAGUCCAAGAGAUUCACUCCCCUUAAAGCUGGCAACCCUUCCCCAGGGAGCUACAACGAUCCCAGAAAUGCAUUUGAGUCCACAAAGAGGAUCACAGGUCUGAAGAGAAGCCCCUUUGGACAAACAUCAGUGAGAUUUGGCCCUAACCAAGUCCAGGGAACUAAGAAGGUGCCAGGUCCAGGAGCCUAUAACAUUACAGGUAUGGGUUCAGACAGUAUGAGGAAGGCAUACAUUGAGAGUACACGAAAGGGAGUGUUUGGUACAACAUCUGUCAGGAUCAAGACAAUGACCAAGAAGGACGAGGUGGAAAUCCCUGGCCCCGCCCACUAUCAGGUCAAGGAGAAACCAUUCAAGAACAGAUAUCCUAACCUGUCCUCGACCUUUGCCUCCGUGACCUCUCGCCUCACAGAGCAACCUAGUGUUAUAAAGGAGUUACCUCCCCCUGGAUCAUAUGAGGUGCAAAACGCUUAUGAGAAAUCUCAGAUUAAGAGAGAUCGAAUCAAACCCAGAACAGAGAAUGCCAAGAGAAAGCAAGGAUCUUUCCUGUCAGCAGCAUCCAGAUUUGCUCCACCAAGGGAUGUGGUCAUCACACAGAAUGAUCCAGAAAAUCCAGGUCCUGGAGCCUACCAACAUCAAGAAGGAAUUAAUAAGAAAGGUGGUCUAAUGGUGACUAAGGAUAAGAGAUUCAAGGAAAUCAAGGCAGAAGGCCCAGGACCAGGGUCAUAUGAGUUUUCACCUUUGGUCCAGGAUACAGUUCUACAAGGAACAUUUAAUGCCACCCUCAACAACCCCAUAGCUGCUCAAGUGGACACUGCUAUCCAUGCCACCAAUUCAGCAAAACACGCCUUCCUUCUAGGAGUGUGAUCCUGCCCACAAACCAUAUACAAACGACCAUUGUGACACCUUUAGUUCAGCAGUACAGCAAGGAAGCAGUAGCUGUAUCAGCUAUGUCCUGAAAUCAGUAAUGAAACAGCAUUGCUGAUGGAAGUACCUGGAUAAAGUUAGGGCAUUUAUUUCAAAAGAAACUGUGAUGAGACAUAAUUCUAUUUUGUACCAGAAAUAUAUCAACAAGCAUUGUGAAAGUAACAUGUAUGAACAGAAUUGAUUUUUAAACAUAAAAUGCUGAAAUUUAAUUUUGCUGAUGAAAUCUUCACUCUGGGGUGUUGAUGGUUUGUGCUGAGCAAUUAAACUGCUGAGUUUGUACAAUUUCACAUUACAUGUGUAUCUGUACACCACCAAGGACUACUUUUCUCUGAUAGAAUCCACUUUCUGAUAAUGUUCACACAAAUGCGUAUUUUUGUCUCGUAUGAAAAUUCUCCAGUGUUUUGCAACACUUUAGUAAUGUGUGAUAUCAAAAGGCCCUCCAAGAAAUUGUCCUUUUUAUACCACAGUGUUUUUUAGUUGUAUGACAUACAUUAAAUUUAUAAAUCUCUUUCAAAACCACAAUUAUACUAGCUAAUGACAUACUUCAACUUCUAUAUCAUCACUUUUUAUCUCACAAAAUAUUCUUUAUCCUCGUAAAUGUCCAA